AUGUCGAGUGUCUUCAGAGUGAUAUCACUCUACCCCCGAAUCGGGAGGUUGACUGUUCAGACAGUGAAAAGUAAGAUUCAACAAAGGGCACUCAACACACUUAUUGGAGGCACAAGCAAAGCCAGACCUUCCAUGAUAGACAAUGUCAGUAAAUUUCAGGGUGUUUCUCGAAAUGUGAGGUCGAAUCAGCUAGCCUGGAGUUUUAGAUUUGCAUCUUCCAAGACACCGAAAAGCAAUUCGAAAGCAUACCAAAAAAUUCACUCGAAGCAUGCGGAUCUUGUGUCAGGUUCAAAGCCGACACAAAAAGAUUUUGAUGAUGAUCCUGAGCCGAAAGAGUCGGAGGUACAUAUUCUGAAAGAGCUGUUUUCCUAUAUAUGGCCAAAGAAUCAAGCGGGAAUCAAAUCUAGGGUUUUAAUUGCUCUUGGAUUGCUUGUCACGGGAAAACUUUUAAAUAUUGAGGUUCCGUUUUUCUUCAAGAAGAUUGUCGAUGGAAUGAAUAUAGAUUUUAGCACGACUGGUGGUGUGAUAACUACAUCGGUGUUUGCUUGUAUUUUUGCAUACGGAGGUGCAAGAUUUGGUGCUAUGCUUUUUGAUCAGCUUCGUAAUGCAAUUUUUGCAAAGGUCGCCCAGGGGGCAAUCAUGAAAGUUGCCCACAACACCUUUCGUCACCUUCUCGACUUGGAUUUGAACUUCCAUCUCACAAGGCAAACUGGUGGUUUAACGAGAGCAAUUGAUAGAGGUACGAAAGGUAUUUCGUACGUUCUUUCGGCCAUGGUGUUCAGGAUUCUUCCAAUUACAUUUGAGAUUACUGUUGUUUCAGGUGUUCUCACGUAUAAUUAUGGUGCAUCAUUCGCUGCAGUCACUUUAAUGACUGUUCUUACAUAUGCCUUCUUCACUAUUAAGACAACAGCUUGGAGAACUGGUUUCAGAAAGCAGGCCAAUAAGGCGGACCAGAAAGCUGCCAGCGUUGCCUUAGAUUCCCUUAUAAACUAUGAGUCUGUCAAGUUUUUCAACAACGAGGAAUUUCAAAUUAAACGGUACGAUUCGUCACUUUCUAAAUACAGAGACGCAAGCAUCAAGGUUGCCACAUCAUUAGCAUACUUAAAUUCAGGUCAAAACUUAAUAUUUACCACCGCGUUGACAAUGAUGAUGUUUAUGGGUUGUCAGGGUGUUGCGUCUGGUGUUUUGACCGUUGGUGACCUUGUUCUUAUUAACCAGCUUGUUUUCCAACUUUCUGUUCCAUUAAACUUCCUUGGUUCUGUUUACAGGGAUAUGAAACAGUCUCUCAUCGACAUGGAGGCCCUUUUCAGGCUUCAGAAAUACCAGGUCAAAGUUAAAUCAAAGCCAAAUGCUCCGCCAUUGGCCUUGAAAAAGGUUGGUGGUGGUGAGAUAACGUUUGAUCAUGUGACAUUUGGUUAUCAUCCUGAUAGGCCAAUCUUGAAAGAUUGCUCGUUUACCAUUCCUGCCGGAAAGAAAGUUGCAAUUGUGGGACCAUCUGGAUCUGGAAAAUCCACUAUAUUGCGUUUAGUCUUUAGAUUUUACGACGUUAAUUCUGGACGUAUUCUCAUAGAUGGCCAAGAUAUACGAGACGUUGAUGUGGAUAGUCUAAGGAGAGCAAUUGGUGUUGUUCCUCAGGAAACUCCUCUUUUCAAUGAAACCAUGAUGGAAAAUUUGCGUUACGGUAACUUGAAUGCCUCAGAUGAUCAAGUGAACGAGGUGUUAUAUCGUGUCAAACUCGAUGAAUUGGUGAAAGAUCUUCCAAACGGUGUUAACACUAUUGUCGGGGAGAGAGGUCUUAUGAUUUCAGGAGGUGAAAAGCAGAGACUUGCGAUGGGACGUUUGUUGUUGAAAGAUGCACCAAUCACCUUCUUCGAUGAGGCUACGUCUGCCCUAGAUACACACACUGAGCAGGAGUUGCUUGGAACAAUUCAUGAACUAUUCAGAGAAGGAGGAAAGACAAAUGUCAGUAUUGCUCACAGGUUGAGGACAAUCGCUGAUGCAGACAAGAUCAUCGUCUUAAAAGAUGGUAAUGUAUUAGAGGAGGGUACGCAUUAUGAGUUGCUCCAAAAUGAGCAUUCUUUAUACAAAGAGCUUUGGGAUAUUCAGGAGAAUCUAGACAUUGAUGCUCAGCUUAAGGAAAUGGAUGAAGAAACUACGGAUAAGGAUGAAGAGGAAGAAAAAAAGAAAGAGCAAGAACUCGAGCAGAGCAAGAAGAAUAACAAAUAA